AUGAAUUUCAAAUAUUCGAUAUUAUUUGUAUGUUUUCUGGAAGUGGUAAAUAAUUGUUACGCAACUGAUUAUUCGACGUUAGAAAAAAAUGUUAUGUUGGAAAGAGUCCUGAUUCCUGAUUGUACUUUCAAUCUUGAGGAUAUUGUGUUCUUUGUAUAUACAAGACAAAAACGAGAUGGUAUUAUUCUUACGGAACGGAACAUGACGACUUUCGAUGUAUUUACAAAAUCACAAAUAACGCAACCAAUUGUAUUCAUUACACAUGGUUUCCUCUCAUCUGGAAAUAAUAAAAAUUUCGUAGAAAUGGCGAAAGCUUUGAUAGAGAAAGAUGAUUUUCUCGUAUUCUCGACCGAUUGGAGAAGGGGUGCUUGUAAUCGUGGCAAUAUCGGCCGAUUAGCUGGUUAUAAUACAGCCGUUCAAAAUACACGUCUUGUUGGGAAAUAUAUCGCUACAUUUACCAAGAAACUCUUAGACAAUUACAAAGUGAAGAUAUCGAAUAUACGAUUGAUCGGGCAUAGUUUGGGUGCGCAUACUUCAGGUUUUGCGGGAAAAGAAGUUCAAAACUUAAAAUUAGGGAAAUAUAGCGAAAUUAUCGGUCUUGAUCCGGCUGGGCCAUCUUUUAGAACGAAUGGGUGUUCAGAAAGACUGUGCAAAACAGACGCAGAAUAUGUUCAAGUUUUUCAUACGUCAGCUGUAUUAGGAAAAUAUUCGGAGAUUGGUACCGUUGACUUUUAUAUGAAUUAUGGAAGUCAUCAACCCGGUUGCCAUCCAUCCUGUUCUCAUACGAAAGCCGUGAAAUAUCUUACUGAGUGCAUAAAACAAGAAUGUUGUUUAAUUGGAACACCAUGGCCUAGUUAUUGGAGUGCAGGGGAACCUCUUAAGGAUUGCAAAAGAAACACCUGUGUUUGCGUUGGAUUGAAUGCAAAAAGUUAUCCUGCUCAAGGUACAUUUUAUGUACCGGUUGAAGAGAAUGCACCUUAUUGCCAUAACGAGGGGAUUAAACUUUAA